ACAGGGUCAAACUUUCCGGUAAGCUACAUUUUUCUUUUUUAGCAGAAAAAUAAUCUUUUUGGGAGAGAAGGCUGAACAAUGUCUUUGAUUGAUGGGGUGGUAGUUGUCUGCUUGAACCAACAUGCAUCUACGAUAGCAGCUGGAUGGAUGUCACCCUUCUCCCACCUGGCACCUUCCAGUUGCCUUGAGUUUUUAACUCUCAGAAUUCUAAGUCAGCAUGUCAGAAAGUGCAAAUCCAACACACCUCCAGUAUCUAGAAGCUGCCAGCUGGAGAAAAUCUUCCCAAAUCAUGCCUAGAAUAUACAAGGGUUAUCAUUUUGAGAAGCAAAUAGCCCAACUGUCUCUAUGCGCCUUUUGUGAAAGCAACCGCUUUUUGGCAUUGUUUGCAAAACUUGAGUCAUAGAAACCUGACAAGCUACUUGGGGUGUCUUUGUGAUUAGAGGAAUGCUAACAAGUGUAAGAAGAAACUGCAAACCAUAGCCUCACCAAGCUUAGUUAUUAGCUAAUGGUGGGAGGGGCACUGGGGGCUUUAUUGAGCUCCUUAUCAGAGAAAUAAACAACUUCUUCGAAGUUAUUUCUUUGUGGGAGGGAUUUAAAACCUUAUAAAGUUUCUGAUUUUUUCAAUUUUUUUAGUGUGGAUCUCCUUUAUUCCAUGUUGUCAUUUAUCUUGAAAUUGUAGCAUGGAAACCAGACAAUGAUAUGGUUCCCAGUCUGCCCUAGAUUGCCAAGGUCUUUAAGAUUUGGAGAUACCUAUAGGAGACCCCCACACACGGUCGAUAUGAUCAAAAUGACUGUCAAAGCAACCAGAAUGUCAUGCAUUACCCCAAAUGUUUAUACUAAAGUGCCUGAUGGAGGAUGGGGAUGGAUUGUGGCAUUCGCUUUCUUCUUUGUGGAGGCCUUGACAUAUGGCAUUAUCAAGUCCUUUGGAGUCUUUUUUACUGACUUAGUGGAAUGUUUUAAUGAAAGCAACAGCAGGAUAUCAUGGAUAAUCUCAAUAUGUGUAUUUGUACUUACGUUUACAGCUCCUCUUUCUACAAUUGUAGCUAAUCGUUUUGGUCAUCGUCUGGUAGUGAUGAUUGGAGGGCUACUGGUCUGUAGUGGAAUGGUUGCCGCUUCAUUUGCACAUACACUGGUUGAAAUGUACAUCUCAAUUGGCAUAGUAUCGGGUUUAGGAUACUGUUUUGCCUUUCUUCCAACUGUUACCAUUCUCUCUCAGUACUUUGACAAAAAGCGCUCAUUGGUCACUGCCGUGGCUUCUACAGGAGAAUGCUUUGCUGUUUUUUCUUUUGCACCAGCUAUCACUGCUUCAAAGGAAUACUUUGGUUGGCGAGCCAGCCUCUUGUUUGUUGGUCUACUGCAGCUUGGAAUUGUUGCCUGUGGAUUGCUGCUGCGACCCAUCACAAUCAUAGCACAAGAAGUAGUGAAAGUAUCACCAGUUGAACAGCAAAGAGAGACAAAGUACAUGCUUGAAAAUGAACAGACACACACCUCAAUAGACUCCAUUGACUCGGGAGUAGAAAUAACUACCUCACCUCACAACAUACCUAGAGAUGCCAACUUGGAACUUAAAAGUGAAGAACCAAAGGAAAACACAGAGAUGUUCAUAGCCAGUAGUAGCAUUUCUACCAAGGAACCCAAACCCAAACUCCUAGACUUCUCUGUGUUGAAAGACUACGGCUUUAUAUGUUAUGCACUUUUUGGUCUAUUUGCUACCUUGGGGUUCUUUGCUCCCUCGCUAUACAUAAUUCCUCUCAGCAUGAGCCUUGGCAUCAGCAAGGACCACUCUGCUUACAUUCUCUCAGCGAUGGCAAUCGCUGAGGUCUUUGGUAGAAUUGGCGCUGGCUGGGUCCUCAACAGAAAGCCCAUCAGAAAAAUUUACAUUGAACUCAUUUGUGUCAUUCUGCUGGAUGUUGCCCUUUUUGCCUUCCCUUUCACCUACGAUUUUUGGGGGCUAAUGAUGUGUAGCAUUUUCUUUGGAUUCAUGCUCGGGACGGUAGCAGGCACACACAUUCCCAUGCUGGCUGAAGACGAUGUUGUUGGCAUUGACAGGAUAGCAUCUGCUGCAGGGGUCUACGUAUUUAUUCAAAGCUUAUCAGGGUUGGCUGGACCACCCCUUGCAGGUGUACUAGUGGAUACCACAAAAAAUUACAGAUCUGCAUUCUAUUCCUGUGCUGCUGGAAUGCUGCUGGCUGCUGUAUUCCUUUCAUUGGUGAGGCCUUGCAAAAAUUUAACAUGUCAAAGAAACAAACGAUCAAUACAAAAGAAUGUCUCAGAGUCACUGCAGCACGUACCGGAUGAUUUUAUAGAAAUUGAUUUUGGGAAAACGGAAGGUUCUGUAAAGAGCUGUGAUAGCAUAGCUUGAAUUUUAAAACAUAUUAUUUAGAGAUUGGGGAAAAAUAAGUCAGCUCAAGUCCACCUUUUAAAAACUAACACAUUAAAGGGAAUGCAACACAAUAAAGGUGAACAUGUUAGCGGUCCUUUUAUAAAGACUGGUUAAUAUUAUCUACUAUUUGAAAACACCUGGCAUGUGAAGUUCCAUUGAUUUGCCAUGCCCGCACUCCUACCGAGCAUGAAGUUGUGAUCCAAAUGUUCUUAUUAAUGGGAAGCAGGCAAAGCAUAAUAUUUCAAUUCCAAAUCAUAGUGAAGAAGCAAGAUGUUAUGCUAAAGAAGAAUCAGCUAUGGCUUAUCCGAUUAAAAGCUAAAGUUUGCCAUGUUUUUUUUUAAUUGCCUGGGAGAAUCUCACACCAGAAAUGUACCUCUCUUAAUUAACAACACAGGAAUAGUGCCACAAAAAAAACCCCUAAUUUGAUGAAACAGUCUUGAGAUGUUUCUUUUCAUCAAAUAACUAUAACUGCUCUGUGUUUUAAUUUUGGAGAAGAGGUGUUAAAUUUAUACUCGGAACAGAUAGCCAAUUCUUGUCCUGUUCAGCCUGACUUGAAUUGGAAUCCAGCAACACAUGGGAAGGAGUUAACUUUUUUUACUCACUAGAGAAUUAACGAGUAGCUUUUGUGUGCUUUUUUUUUUUUUAAAGUUGGUUAAACUCCACAAAAGUUUGGAGGUUACCAGUUCUAUUUUAGGGCCAGUUAGUAUAGCUCUUUCAUAACAGUAUUACCUUAAAAUGCAGAUAAAAAUUAUUGCCUAAUCUUAAGUAUGAUUAUUUAUAUAUUGUGCUGUUUUUUUUUCAAAAUUCACUACUGAAUGUGCAUAAAUUUGCAACCUUGGUGAGACUUGCUUUUUGAGUAUCGUAGGUAUAAUCACAAUAUCAAGCACAGAAUUUCCGAUUGUCCGGGAAUAGGAUUGUACUUUUAAAGACUUACUUGCCUUUUAACAUUCAGGCAAAUCACUGAUUCUAGCAGUUUUAAUUUUUAAAAAAAGUUAUUUAUUUUUAUUUUGUGAUUAACUGUUACUUAAAACAAACAUUUGCCCCAAACUCUUUCCAAGUCUCCUUGAGGCACUUCUAGUAUGCAGCUUUUUAGAGGAGUAGAUAAUAGUGCACCCGCCUAUUUUUAUGGUUACAGAAGUCUUGCAAGCCUUUUAAAGAAAUGAAACACAGAUACUGCAUGCUGUUUUGGAGUUCAUAGAUUGAAACGACAGGACUAUAGGCUUAGUUAAUAAGACUUUAGUUAAUAAAGACUUUGAGAGUCUGCUCUGAUGUUACGGAGGCUGUGGUUUAAAUCCAGUAAAACAUUUCAAGCAUGUAUGGAAUUGUAUUAAGAUUGUUUCAGUAUAGUCCUCGACUUACAACUGCAACUGAGCCCAACAUUUCUGUUGUUGAGACAUUUGUUAAGUGCAUUUUGCCCCAGUUUAUCACCUUUCUUGCCGCAGUUGUUAAGUGAAUGGCUGCAGUUG